GCGAUGUGCGGGCCGACAAUAGAAGCGAGUAGUGUAAAAACCAGGCAAGCUGGGCCGCCCAAAAGUUUGGUUAGCGAGCCAAUCAUCAGAUGGGCGCAGAUCUCAGGGACAAAUGCCAGACCCUUUGAACGGCCCGUCCCAAGGGCAUCCUCCCCUUCAACUCUCAGGAUCGCCUUGACCGCCGGACUACUAACCAUAACAACACUAGUACUAUAAAAAUUAGAGAAGAACGCGUGAGCCAAAAGUCACCGAUUUAGACACCAAUUUAGAAAGCCGAAGAGAAGAAGAGAGCUGGUUCAUGUAAGUUUAAAGAAAAAAAAAUUCUCCCAAAUUUUUAACAAGAUAUAAACAAAAAUAAUAAUAAGGGAGGGGAGAGAACUCAGUGUUUCGAAUCGGCCUUUGGAUAUUCAGAUCCGAGCAUCGUCGGGCGAUAGCCAUGUCAUCAUCCUCCGUCUUCUCCACCGUCCGAUCCUUCUCUCUUUUAGUCUUCGUUUUCUUCUUCCUCUCUCCCGCUUUCGCUUCCGAGUCUGAUCACAAGUAUCAACCAGAUGAUCCAAUUACCCUAUGGGUAAAUAAAGUUGGUCCAUACAACAAUCCACAAGAAACAUAUAACUAUUACAGCCUUCCAUUUUGUCAUCCGGGUAUCAAUCCUGCGCACAAAUGGGGAGGUCUUGGUGAGGUCCUUGGUGGAAAUGAACUGAUUGAUAGCCACAUUGAUAUAAAGUUCCAAAAGAAUGUGGACAAAAGUACCAUUUGCCAACUGGAACUUGAUGAAGCAAAGGUCGGACAGUUCAAGGAUGCAAUUGAGAACAGUUAUUGGUUUGAAUUCUUCGUGGAUGACCUGCCUUUAUGGGGCUUUGUUGGCGAGCUGCAUCCUGGUAAGAACAGUGAUAAUGGCAAGCAUGUCCUUUACACACAUAAGAAUAUUGUUAUUAAAUACAAUAAGGAUCAGAUUAUUCAUGUAAAUCUGACUCAGGAGAGUCCAAAACCGCUGGAAGCAGGGAGAAUACUGGACAUGACAUACUCUAUCAAAUGGAUUCCGACUAAUAUCACUUUUGCUCGUCGCUUUGAUGUUUAUUUGGACUAUCCUUUCUUUGAGCACCAAAUCCAUUGGUUCUCUGUUUUCAAUUCAUUCAUGAUGGUUAUCUUCCUCACUGGUUUGGUGUCAAUGAUCUUGAUGCGAACUUUGAGAAAUGACUAUGCAAAGUAUGCUCGGGAAGAUGAUGAUCUGGAAACUUUGGAAAGGGAUGUGAGUGAAGAGUCUGGUUGGAAACUUGUCCAUGGUGAUGUUUUCCGGUCUCCUCGCAAUUUGGUUCUGCUUUCUGCCAUUGUUGGCACUGGUGCUCAGCUAGCAUUGCUUGUUCUCCUUGUCAUCUUAUUGGCAAUUGUGGGAACGUUGUAUGUUGGGAGAGGAGCAAUUGUCACUACUUUUAUACUGUGUUAUGCUUUUACAUCAUUCAUUUCUGGUUAUGUGAGUGGUGGAAUGUACUCUCGCAAUGGGGGUAAAAGUUGGAUAAAGUCAAUGAUCCUUACGGCAUCUCUCUUCCCAUUUUUGUGCUUUGGGAUUGGUUUCAUCUUGAACACAAUCGCUAUAUUUUAUGGAUCUCUGGCAGCUAUUCCUUUUGGUACAAUGGUGAUUGUUUUUGUAAUUUGGGCUUUCAUUUCAUUCCCCCUGGCCCUUCUUGGUACGGUUGUUGGAAGAAACUGGAGUGGUGCUCCAAAUAAUCCAUGCCGUGUGAAGACCAUUCCUCGCCCAAUUCCAGAGAAGAAAUGGUAUCUUACUCCUUCUGUGGUCUCUAUGAUGGGAGGACUUCUGCCGUUUGGCAGCAUAUUCAUUGAAAUGUAUUUUGUCUUCACAUCCUUCUGGAAUUACAAGGUUUAUUAUGUCUAUGGUUUUAUGCUGCUGGUCUUCAUGAUUCUCAUCAUUGUAACCGUUUGUGUGACAAUUGUGGGGACAUAUUUCUUGUUAAAUGCUGAGAACUAUCACUGGCAGUGGACGUCAUUCUUCUCUGCUGCCUCAACAGCAGUCUAUGUGUAUUUAUACUCUGUAUACUACUACUAUGUGAAAACCAAGAUGUCAGGCUUCUUCCAGACCAGCUUCUACUUCGGAUAUACUUUGAUGUUUUGCCUUGGGUUGGGAAUUCUCUGUGGGGCUGUUGGUUAUCUUGGUUCUAAUUUGUUCGUGAGGAGGAUCUACAGAAACAUAAAGUGUGACUAGAACUUUGCUGUUGGAAAGUAGAACCACCAGUGCUUCCAUGAGCAUUUUUAGUUGUCAAGGCAAUAUACGUCGAGAGGAAGCUUCUGGUCAGGUAUGGGAGACCCUGGAAAGCCUACAGAUGAAAUCACAGGGUUUGAUGGUAGGGAUGUAUUCUUGGUUCUCUGGACUAGAUGAAGCCCUGAGAUUUUUGUUUUGCCACAUUUUCUUUUACUCGGCUGUAAUUGGAAGCCCUGAUUUAGAAUUCAGAUAUUGUUUUAUAAUUCAGAAGGUAGCGAAAAUAUUAGACUCCAAUGACUAGUUACACUUUUCUCCUUGACCCCUUUUCAUGUAGAUGUGUCCUGUGUAAUAACUAAUGGCUAAGUUCCCUUUGGAUUUGUUAUCCUAUUUGCACUUUUUUUUUUUCGGGGAUAAGGAACUUAUCAAGGAAUUCAGUAAAUGGGUGUUUUUUUUUUAAUUAUUAUUAUAUGCGUAUUGCAGUAUUUCCUGGCACAUGUUUCUCAUCUCAUAUAGUUUUUUCCUGAUGUGUCAUUCAAUCUUUAUGCAGUACAAAUUUUUAUGCCAAGUUUCAACUUUCAAUCUCGGCCAAACUGUCUCAGCCAAAAAGAAUUAAGAGGUUCUGGUACUUGGAGACUGAAUGAAGCCAACAUUAAUAUGUUGGUAUGUGUUACUCUCUGGAGUAUUUUCCGCUGUCAAUCUAUCAAUGAAUAAAAACCUCUUAACAAUUUUAACGGUGGAGAUGGUCUGAGGUUAUGUUGCAUUUACUAAAUUUAGUGGUGUGGCAUUUGCCAAGGGGCCCAUUAGGUGUCUUCGGAAGUUCACUAUCACUGCAUCUUUUGAGCUCCGAAUUUGUGUGAUCUGCUGCAUAAUCUUGUGGUAAUGAAGAACAUUUGGUGUUCGAGAAAGUCCAAUUGUUUCUGCUGGAUCAGGUUUUCUACGAGAAGACUUUGGUACAAAGUCGUAUUAGUGCUUUCAGUAGAGCCCGGAAAAAAAAAAAAAAAACCCAUGGUUUCUUCUCUU